GUAUUCAAAAUCGAAAGAUACUCGAAGAUUUGGAACUAAAGAAACAGAUAUUAUUAAAAACUGGUGCUGUUCCAACUCCUCCAACAGUUUCUCAUCCUACAACUCCGGGAACAUCUGAUAGUCACUUUCAACGUGCCCAAGCUUUACAGUCUACAGGAUUCUUCAUCACCACUGAUUCAGCUUUUGGUAAUUCUAUACUUCCUGUCCUACCUCGCUUUGAUAAAUAAUAUUGAAUCAUGGCGGCUGGAUCUAUGAAGUUAAAGCGUUUACAGCAUAUACUUGAAGAAAUUGAAACAUUUGAAAACCCAAAAAUUGAACUAGAACAAUACACUACAUCAUCCCAUAUUGCUGCUUGUAUUUUACAUACAGCCCAAUUUGUGUAUGGCGAUAUUACUGAUAAAUGUGUUGCCGAUUUAGGAUGUGGAUCGGGAAUAUUGACCAUUGGUGCCGCUUUGUUGGAUGCUCGAUAUUGUACAGGUUUUGAUAUAGAUCCAUCUGCUCUUUCAUUGAGUGUAGAAAAUGCUGCUGAUCGCGAUGUUUCAGGCCAAUGUGAAUUUAUUUUAUGUGAUGUAAAACAAAUUGACAAAAGCAUGCAACUUAAAGCAUUUGAUACUGUCAUAAUGAAUCCACCUUUUGGGACAAGAGAAAAAGGAGCCGAUCUAGAAUUCUUAAAAAUGGCUGUAAGUCUUGCUACUAACGCUGUAUAUUCACUCCAUAAAACAAGCACGAGAAAACAUGUUAUAUCCACGGCAAAACAAUUGGGUGUUCAUCCUAAGGUUAUUGCAGAGUUAAGAUUUGAUCUACCAGCAUCUUAUAAAUUUCAUAAAUAUAAUUCUGUUGAUGUACAAGUUGAUUUAAUACGUUUUACAUGGAAGUCAACUUAAUAUGUUUUGCAUCCAUGACUAGAUGAUAAUCUUUAAUCUAGUUUUGUGUAACUCACAUUCAAUUAAAAAGAAAUAAACAAAGUGUCUAGCUCAACAGCUAUUGCAUGUAACGUAACACUAUUUAAAUUGAUAAAUUUUAUAUUUAUAUUUUUAUUAUACAAUAUAAAAAUAAACAAAUACUUCUAAUAUUUAUA